CAACGCGACGGUGAAAUAACGGAUUUUAUUAAGUUGACGGCCAAGCGAGUUAUGGCGACUUUCGUGCGUAAACAGUUGCUGUAGAGCUGUAAUUAUUCGUAGUCCGCGAAUGCAGAUGUCGAGUUGAGUGCUACCGGUAAACGAGCCUGAACGGCACUGACGAUAAACGAGAUAUGGCUGACUAUAGCUUAGUGCGUCGCGGGAAGCUUGUGCUGAAGGGCCGCACAACGAAGAAGCACAAGAGUAAGAGCAAGUCCAAGCAGAGUUCCAGUGGUGGCGACGAAAGACUAGAAAGUCAGGACACCGUCAACCACGGGGGCUGGUGGGAGCUGAAGGCGUUCGAAGAGUACACGGGUCCCAUAACCAUUGAGUUCACUCCAUACUGCUACAUGUCGUCGCGGGAUGAUGGCUUGUUUGUACUUGGCGGUCCUCAUCCUCCCGGUGAGGGCCCAUUUCCAGAAGAGAUAUUGACAGCUGUCAAGCUCUCCGAUACAAAGAUAGCCCUGAAAUCCGGCUACGGGAAGUACCUUUCUGUCCAGCCAGAUGGUACAGUUGUUGGGAGGUCUGAUGCCAUAGGCCCACUUGAGCAGUGGGAGCCAGUCUUUCAAGAUGGUAAAGUAGCCCUUCUCGCCAGCAAUAACUGCUUCCUCACAGUAGUGGAUGGUACAGACAUAAAAGCCAAUUGCCGUUCAGCAGGCAGCGAUGAAAUGAUUAAGGUCCGUGCUGUGGCUAAAGCCGAUACGUCAAAGGAGAAAGAUGUUCCCGAAGAAGAGAGAGGGUCCUUGGGAGAAUGUGAAGUAAAUUAUGUGAAAAAGUUCCAGAGCUUCCAAGACAGAAAACUCCGGGUAAGUCAGCAAGACAGAAAGGACCUGAAGAAAGCCAGGAUCGAGGGCUCUCUCCAUGAAGCUUUGUUGGAUCGACGAUCCAAAAUGAAGUCGGACAAGUUUUGUAAAUGAUUUAAGAGCAUGAUGGCUGCAUAUCUCGC